UGCAUCAGCCCAAUUCGUCUCGCGCUCCUUAUCUUCCGCAUCGUGGAUUCUUCAAUACACUCCAAAAUAUCUCUCUUCAACGAUCGCCACUUCUUGCUACACUCAUCACUGAUUCUCUUAUUACUGUCAUUCGCGCCAAAACCCUAAUCGUAUGGAAGUCUCACUAAUUUCGGACAAAUGCUUCUCCCCUCCAAUUCGUUAUUCUUUGGCUCAUCCUCUUCCACCUUUCUCCAGAUUUUCGUUGUUUUUCUGCAAGAACCCAGGUCAUGCUUCUUGCUCUGUCAGACCCUUUCGACGACCAUGUUCUUGUUCGGCCCCCAAUCCUGAUACUUUGCUUGCUGGAUCGCGGAAGGAGAAUGAUAAACAUCACCCCGAGGUUAUUCUUAGCAAGAAAGAGGAGGAUUCUGGUGAUUUGAAAUCCUGGAUGCACAAGAAUGGGCUUCCUCCGUGCAAGGUUGUUCUAAAGGAACGGCCUUCCUACAAUGACAACCAUAAGCCUAUACAUUAUGUUGCUGCUAGUGAAGAUCUUCAGGCGGGUGAUCUUGCAUUCUCGGUUCCUGAUUCCUUGGUUGUCACCCUAGAGAGGGUGUUAGGAAACGAGACCAUUGCUGAAUUGUUGACUACAAACAAAUUGUCGGAAUUGGCAUGCUUGGCAUUGUAUUUGAUGUAUGAGAAAAAACAAGGGAAGAAGUCCUUCUGGUAUCCAUAUAUCAGGGAACUUGAUCGUCAGCGAGGUAGGGGUCAGCUGGCAGUGGAAUCACCCCUUCUGUGGUCAGAAUCUGAGCUAUCUCACCUUACAGGCAGUCCCACAAAGGCUGAAAUCCUUGAAAGGGCUGAAGGAAUUAGAAGAGAGUAUAAUGAACUUGACACUGUCUGGUUUAUGGCCGGUUCACUGUUUCAGCAAUACCCGUUUGACAUCCCUACUGAGGCUUUUUCAUUUGAGAUUUUCAAACAAGCCUUUGUUGCAGUUCAAUCAUGUGUUGUCCACUUACAGAAGGUUAGUUUAGCUCGGAGAUUUGCGUUGGUUCCCCUUGGACCUCCUUUGCUGGCCUACGGAAGUAAUUGCAAAGCAAUGUUAGCUGCUGUUGACGGUGAAGUUCAGCUAGUGGUUGAUCGUCCAUAUAAAGCUGGGGAACCUAUUGCUGUUUGGUGUGGCCCACAGCCUAACUCAAAAUUACUUAUAAACUAUGGUUUUGUUGAUGAAGAAAAUUCUUAUGACCGCCUAGUGGUAAAGGCAGCUUUGGAUACUGAAGAUCCGCAAUAUCAAGAUAAACGAAUGGUUGCUCAAAGAAAUGGAAAAUUAUCAGUUCAAGUUUUUCAUGUCUAUGUUGGGAAGGAAAGAGAAGCUGUCUCAGACAUGCUUCCUUAUCUGCGUUUGGGUUAUGUUUCAGAUCCUUCUGACAUGCAAUCUGUCAUGUCCUCUCAGGGCCCAGUUUGUCCUGUGAGCCCUUGUAUGGAACGGGCUGUGCUGGACCAGCUUGUUGGUUAUUUUGAGGCUCGGCUGGCUGGCUACCCCACCACCUUGGCUGAGGAUGAGUCUUUGUUGGCAGAUGGUUCUUUAAAUCCCAAAAAGCGAGUUGCUGCACAACUGGUUAGGCUGGAAAAGAAAAUUCUCCACGCGUGUUUGCAGGCAACUGUUGAUUUGAUUAACCAACUACCUGAUGAUAGCAUAUCUCCAUGCCCUGCUCCCUAUGCGCCUUCAUUGAAUUAAAAGAAAUUCAUGAAUCUCCUGUGUUGAAGUCUUGGACCUCUGUGAUGGAUUGGAUACAUCUUUACAAAAUGAACUACAUGAACCAGGUAUAUGAGUAGACACCUAGAGAUAACGAAGCAAGACUUCAAGCUGGCUAUAUAGAUGAUGGUUCGUGUCUGUUUUACAAGCAACUCAAACCGAGCGUUUUUGCUUUGCUCUUCCUUCACUUUGGGUGUUGCUGAAGUCUGAUAACAAAGGAGUAUGCCAGUCCAGCAAAGAUUUAAUUGUCUUCAUCGAGGGUUUGCACAGAUAUUCUGAGGUUGGCUGUAUGUACGGUAAAAUCAUGCUUUGUAAAUGGAACCCAUUUUCAAGAAGUCCUAUGAUUCAAUUGUGUAUAUGUUUUCUGACAGUUUCUUGGU